AUGGGGGCUGGGGCAAGCGCAGAGGAGAAACACUCCAGGGAACUGGAGAAGAAGCUCAAGGAGGACGCCGACAAGGAUGCCAGGACCGUCAAACUGCUGCUACUGGGUGCUGGUGAGUCUGGGAAGAGCACUAUCGUCAAACAGAUGAAAAUUAUCCACAAAGAUGGUUACUCCCUAGAAGAGUGCCUGGAGUUCAUUUCCAUCAUCUACAGCAACACCUUGCAGUCGAUUAUGGCGAUUGUGAAGGCUAUGAAUACGCUCAACAUUGGCUACGGAGACCCCGCCCAGCAGGAUAAUGCCAGAAAACUGAUGCACUUGGCUGAUACUAUUGAGGAGGGCACCAUGCCGAAAGAGCUGUCUGACAUCAUUCUGCAGCUGUGGAAAGACACUGGCAUCCAAGCGUGCUUCGACAGAGCCUCGGAAUACCAGCUCAAUGACUCCGCUGGAUACUACCUGAACGACUUGCAGAGGCUGGUCCAGCCUGGCUACGUCCCCACCGAGCAGGACGUGCUGCGUUCACGAGUGAAGACCACUGGUAUUAUCGAGACCCAGUUCUCCUUCAAAGAUCUCAACUUCAGGAUGUUCGACGUGGGCGGUCAGCGCUCAGAGAGGAAGAAGUGGAUCCACUGCUUUGAAGGCGUCACCUGUAUCAUCUUCAUUGCUGCUCUGAGUGCUUACGACAUGGUGCUGGUGGAGGAUGAUGAAGUGAACCGAAUGCAUGAGAGUCUCCACCUGUUCAACAGCAUCUGCAACCACCGCUACUUUGCCACCACCUCCAUUGUACUCUUCCUCAACAAGAAGGAUGUGUUCCUCGAGAAGAUCAAGAAGGCCCACCUGAGCAUAUGCUUCCCUGAUUAUGAUGGUCCGAACACCUAUGAGGAUGCUGGCAACUACAUCAAGGUGCAGUUCCUGGAUCUGAACAUGCGGCGAGACGUCAAAGAAAUCUACUCGCACAUGACCUGCGCCACGGACACAGAGAACGUCAAGUUUGUGUUCGAUGCCGUGACAGACAUUAUCAUCAAAGAAAACCUCAAGGACUGCGGUCUCUUCUAAACACGUCCACGCGUGAA